UAAACAUCGUCAUCCAAACAACACACAUAGGUCACACCGUCCAUCAUAAACCACUGGCUUGAGUAACAAGGCGAUAAACAGCAAGAUUGUUAGAAUCACUCCAAAUGGGAAAGCUUUGGACGACCCUAUCUCACCUUUACUCCUUAUCAGGGCCUACUGUCACUCUACUUUACCCCUUGUAAGUUCAGAAGUGCUUCUACUUUUGGGUCGGUACACUUUUCAUAACGCGGUUGGUUUCUGGAAUUUAUAGAGCACUUCUGUAUGGGUUCAGAUAUGCGUCAGUGCAGGCGAUGGAGAGCUCGUCAAAGCUCGACGAUGAGCAGUGGCUGGCCUACUGGAUCCUUUACUCAUUUAUCACCCUCAUGGAGAUGGUGCUGCAGUCCCUCAUCUCCUGGAUUCCAAACUGGUAUGAGCUGAAGCUGCUGUUCAUAGCCUGGUUGGUGCUCCCAAACUUCAGGGGAGCAGCAUUCAUGUAUAACCAGUUUGUGAGAGAGCAGGUGAAGAAGCAUAAUGCCAUACUAGUUGCUAGUGAUCCUGGUAGCGUUAGCAACAAUGACCGUGCUGACGAGGACGACAAGAUCAUUACGACUUCUCCAAAAGAGAAAAAAAAAACUAAGAGGAGACUACUUUCCAUGGUCAUUCCCAAGAAGCUCAGGUUUUGAUCGACCUGCACUUGUAUAAAGAAACUUUCAGUUC